CAUCCCAACCGCUGUUCCCGCGCUUUCACAGAACAGGCAUUGAAAACCUGCGCUAAGAUUAGCUCAUCAAUCGGCGUUUUCCAUUCGGAUUUCUACGCCUUCCUUUCCGUAGUUCCGUCAUAAUCGAUUCUUCUCCUAACUAACCAGGUUUUGAUUGACUGGUCUCCGGCUUCCAUUUCCCCCAUCAUUUUCCUUUUCCGGCCACCGUCGAUCAAAACCUGCCCAUUUCCGCCCUUUCUCGUACGUCUCCUUCCUCAAUCUUACGCUCAACCAGGCGUAGGAAUAUUCAUUAUUUAGGUUGGAGUUUUUUCUUUUUCUUUUUCCUCUCGAGAUCGGGUAGUUAAGGGUUUCAGUUUAUAGCUAAUCGGAAGACGAAAGAAAAAUGGGUACCUCUGUUAAGGGCCUCAUGAAAGGAAUUAAAUACAUUUCACAGAUUUUCGAUGAAAAAGAACAGGAAAUGCAGAUUGGGCUUCCCACUGACGUUAAGCAUGUCGCUCACAUUGGAUGGGAUGGUCCAUCUGCUAAUCAGAAUAAUACACCUACCUGGAUGAACGAGUUCAAAUCUUCGUCACAAUCCCAAAACUCAGACGAUUUGGCUAGUUCUACUGGGGAACUUGAUCUUUCUUCUGUUCGAGAAUCUGGAGAGCUAGAUGUGAAAAAGGAAGGUCGAGCUCCAAGGUCAAAACGCCAAACUUCAACAGACUCUUCCUCAUCCUUAGACUCUUCUUCUGCUCGGCGGAACUCGGAGAAGAGCUCCAGGCGACAGCGAUCAUCAUGCCCCUCGGGUGACUCGGGACCCCAGGAAGGUAGUUCGCGACAUUCACGACGUCGUCGUGGUUCAGCUCCUGGAAAUGAAACUAGCACAGAAAAUCCUGUACCUAAACAUUCUCAUCGGAGGAAAUCUAAGGGGUCAUCGGACGGUGGUGAAUCUUCAAAAUCAAGAAACAACGACUCUUUAACAGACAUAACUCUACCAGUUGUGGACGAAGAGAAGGGAUGAGCAGAAUUCCAGACAAGGUACUACUAAACGGCAUUUCAAAUGGUUCCUUGCCCCAAUAAGGACCAAAUUUUGUUACCUUGGAGAUGAUAUGAUUUUAGCUUCAGUAAUCGGUUAUUGGUUUACUACCAAGCAGAAGGGUGUUGUUCUGUAACAUGAGCGAACAGCCAUUUCUUGAAAAUAAUGUCCCACGUGUAAUCUGAAAUUUGGAUUUCUACAUUGUUCAGCACCCCUUUUCAAUGCAGUGGGGAUUAGUAUGAUCAUCAUAAACCACUGUUAUCGACAAAGCUUUGUAGUCACAAUAACAGCACUUAGAUAGAGCUUAUUGUUCCUUUGUCAAAUUUGUUGCACUUUUAUGCACCAUAUGAAACAUUUCAUCUCUCAGGUAAUACAAUUCUCUUUCCGUC